CCUCAGCGUGCGUAUUUGUCAUUUGUAAACGCCUUUAUUUUUUCUUUCUUUCGCCGAGGAGGGAAACAUAACCGUCAACGUAACUUCUUCUCCUUCUUCUUCCAUCAUCAUGGAGAAUCAUGAUAACCUUGCAGAGAAAGAGAAUUCGGCUACUAACAUAACCGAAGAGACGCUACCUUCUUCUCCUUCGAUCACCGAUCAUGAAGAAGCUGAUCCCAAACCUGAUGAUGAUCAUGGUGCUGAAGCCACCGCCCAAGCUGAACCAUCGUCUCCAAAGAAAGAUGAGGAGGAGGCAGAGGCAGAGAAGAAAGAAGAAACCGCGUCUCCUCCGCCAAGCCUUGAGAAAGUUUCAGAAGAGAUUGACCUGUUUCUCGUGACUCUGCCGAAGAAAAACGACGAUGAAAAUGCUGCGGAGAAGAAUUUUGAGAUUCCUGGCUUUUUUGAGAGAUACACGGAUCUGGUGGAGAAGAAGAUAGCCAAAUAUGAUGCGGAAGGGAAGGCGAAAUGGGGAGAGGUGGCGGAGGAAGAUUCGUGGUUGCUUGAAACCGCGAAUCGGGUUUCGAAGCUGAUGAUGUUGCUGAAUCAUCAUCAUCAUCAUCUUGUUGAACCGGAGGAGGAGGAGAAAGAGAACGACGGUGGAAAUGGAAAAGGAAAAGGAAAAGACUCGCUGGUGAAUCGCGUUGCAUCGAUUCACCAGCGUGUGAUGUCGUAUUUGGAGGAGGACUUCAGAUUUCUGAUGGAAGAAUGUAGAAUCCCAAUCGAAUUAGAUCCAGGAGGCAAUAAUAAUAACAAUGACACCAAAGGGAAACAACAACAACAACAACAGGUUUCAUCAUCGGAACAAGAAGAGGUGAAGAAAGACCAAGAAGGCGAAAUCGACGAAAGUUUCCCGGGUUACUCUGAGGAGACAAUUGCCAGCUUGAGCAAGAUCGCCGGCGAGAUGUUACCCGGCGGCUACGAAUCGGAGUGCUGCCAGGUGUACAUCAUCUCGCGGAGGAACGCGUUCGAGGAGGUUCGCAAGAAGCUAGGGCUGGAGAGGAUCAGCAUCGACGACAUGGUUCUGAAGGUGCAGUGGGAAACUCUCGCCGCGAACAUGAUCCCUGCCUGGAUCAACACUCUCAAGCAGUGCGCGGCGGUGUACUUCCCCGGCGAGCGAAGGCUCGCCGAGGCCGUGUUUGCCAGCAGCCCCUCCGUCUCGGCGGGGCUCUUCGGUAGCCUCUCCCGCGGAGUUGUGAUCCAGCUCCUCAACUUUGCGGAGGGCGCCGCCAUGACCAAGCGCGCCGCCGAGAAGCUCUUCAAGCUCCUCGACAUGUACGAGAGCCUCCGGGAGGUCAUCCCAAAAGUCAACGGACUAUUCCCGGAUGAGUCCGUGGAGGAACUGAAGACGGAGAUGAAUGUCGCCAAGUCGCGACUAGGCGAGGCCGCCAUCUUCAUCUUCAGUGACCUAGAAAACCAGAUCAAACUGGAGACCGCGAAAAGCGCGGUCCCCGGCGGAGCAGUGCACCCCCUCACACGCUACAUAAUGAACUACCUGAGCGUAGCGGGAGACUACAAAGAAACCCUAGAACAAGUCUUCAAAGACCAUUCCAAGAUCGAACGUGCAGACUCCACCAGCAGGCCGCACAGCGAAAACGACGGCGUUCCGGAGAAGCAAGCAUCGUCACCGUUCGCAGGGCAGGUUCUCCGAGUCAUGGACUUGCUAGACUCAAGCCUAGAAGGUAAAGGGCGUUUAUACAAAGACGUUGCACUGAGCAAUUUCUUCAUGAUGAACAACGGAAGGUACAUUCUGCAGAAGAUAAAAGGAUCAAGCGAGAUGAGCCAGGUGAUGGGUGACACGUGGAUAAGGAAGAAAUCUUCUGAACUUAGAACAUACCACAAGAACUACCAGAGAGAAACGUGGAACAGGGUGCUACAGUUUCUGAACCCGGAAGGGUUGAACGUGAACGGGAAGGUGCACAAGCCGGUGCUGAAGGAGAGGUUCAAGAGCUUCAAUGCGUUGUUCGAUGAGAUUCACAGGACGCAGAGCUCGUGGGUGGUGAAGGACGAGCAACUUCAGUCGGAGCUUAGGGUUUCGAUCUCGGGAGUGGUGGUUCCGGCCUACAGGGCCUUCAUUGGGAGGUUUGCGCAGAUCUUUGACCCAGGAAGACAGACUGAGAAGUACAUAAAGUACCAACCUGAAGAUAUUGAGACCUACAUUGAUGAGUUGUUUGAAGGGAAACCUCACCAGUCCAUUGCUAGAAGGAGAACAUAAUUAACCUUCAAUCAAUGAUCAAUCAACUCAAUCCCCCAUGCAUCACCACCCAGUACAUAUCGUUUUUACCUUCUUCUUUUUUAUAUUACUUAUAUUUUUUCUACUUUGAAGCAAAAAUAAAAUUCGAAAACAGCUGCAAAAAAGAAGAAAGAGGCAUUGUGCAAUGUAAUGCACGUAGGCCUGCAUAAUGAAUUGCAUUGCUUUCGUACGUGAUCGUGUGUUGUUAUCUUAUUAGAAGAUGAGUGGAGGUUGAUCUUGUGAAUUUGUUUUUGCUUUUGUUUGUAUGGAGGAGAUAUUAAAUCAAGUUAUUUGUUCAA